CAACACCCACAGGUAAUGACCGCCUGGUGGACUGAGGACGCUUUGUGUGCGUAACCAAGGAGAUAACUCUUAACGUUUAUUUUACCGUAUUUAUGUUUGAACGAGUAACAUAGGAAUAGACAACGGGUUAAAACGACAGAUGUGUUUGCUCUAGUUCUGCUGCUUAUACCGUAAAUGGGUGUGACACCCACACAACAACAACAUCACAACAAAAACAACGGAUCUGCUUCCGGUUUCUGGAUGUAGCUGUCAGACUCCAGCAUCUUUUUUUUUUUAAACGGGGAAGCGCUUUAUCAGCAGGUCAGUAGCGUCAUGUAGCUAUUGUAGAUUAAUAAUAGUUCACUUUGCCGUUGUUUUGCUGUCCAAACACGGAGCAUAGUCAGCUUUAGCCGCCGUUACGCUUUAUUAUGAGCGAAGGAGAAGUGUUUCAUGAGAAACAACGAUUGGAGCUGUGCGCGAUCCAUGCACUGAACAACGUGCUCCAGGAGCGGGUGUUCACCAAGGAGACAGCCGAUGACAUCUGCAAACGGCUGGCUCCACAGUGUGUGGUGAACCCUCACCGCUCAGUGUUAGGUACAGGAAACUAUGACGUCAACGUCAUCAUGGCGGCACUACAGAGCCGGGAACUGGCUGCAGUGUGGUGGGACAAACGCAGGACGGUUCAGAGCCUUUGCAUGUCAAAGGUCCAGGGUUUUAUUCUUAACGUCCCAUCACGAGUGUCUCUUGGAAUCGUGUCCCUCCCACUCCGACGGCGGCACUGGCUCGCGGUUCGGCAAGUUAACGGACAGUACUACAACCUGGACUCCAAACUGAAGAGUCCUGUCUGUAUUGGGGGAGAAGCAGAACUACGCACAUUUCUCAGCGAACAGCUUUCUCAGGAUGUGGCCGAGAUGCUCCUGGUCGUCCGGCGGGAGGUGGAGGAGGACGGUUCAUGGCUGAACUCUGACAACCCCAAGUAGUGAUGCCUUGGACAUACCUUUACAUAGCACGGAAAAGAAACUUCUCUGGGAUAGUGACUGACUUCUUUUAAAAAAAUAAUUUUUUAAACCUCAUUACAGAAAACUUCAGGGAAUGCACUAAAAUAAAUUGAAUAUCGACACACAGAGGAAAUUCCAAAGAGAAGCAAAGACGGGCGUUUACUCCCGAGAUGAAGUACUGUUGUGAUUGUAGCCGCUGUAAAAGCUUUCGCUCUGAUAUGACCCAUGUAUCUGCGUUGUCCUUCUCUUAGUACCUUUGUUUUUUAACACUGGGAAGGUGCAUCUAAGCUAACAAAGUGCAAAUGUGGGCUUGUUUGAUGACAUAUGACUGAAAUUUUUGUUUUAUAGUAGGACUGAUUGCAGUGUUUGUGCAUGAAAAGACAUCUGCAAAUAAGGAUAACUGGACUAGUUUGAGUACUUAAACAUCACCAAGAUGAAAAUGGUUUAACUGUCGUGGACUAUUACCAUCAAAUCGCCAAAGCCAUGUCAGUUUGUACUCUGCAUACGAGACAGUCAUGUCAAAAUGUAUCAGUUAUCAAGCAGCACCUGAGUGCACUGUCUCUUCCCACGACCCUCGUUGUAAACCUUCUAUGCACUGCCGAGUUUGAUUUGUUAACACUGUUUGUCUUUGUUCUCACAGGCACAGGUACUGCGAAGGCAUCAGGCAUGGAAGGACCUCCAGUGUCUUUGCAUGUCUUUGUACUACAAAGUUCUAGACAUUUUUCCUAGCGUGCCACGUUUUAAAAAAAAUAGUUUUUCAAAUGUGUUUUGUUUUCCUCUUGUUUAGCUGUAUAGUGUAAAGAAGAAAGAAACCAAUGCAGACAUGAUUAGGAUGGACAUUUCACCCAGGUUUCAAGUCUCUUCAGAUUGAGUUUCGCACAUGAAUGAAAGAGAUAGUCUUAUUUUGAAUCUGAAAGGAACGGUUGCAAGAAUAUAAAGGACACUAUUCUUGAUUUGUUUUAAAUUACGCUGACAUGCAAAAACACUGGUUCUGUGACUAACCUUUACGUUUGUAUUGUGUCUCCUAUUGAUCUAUGCAUAUCCAAAAGAGUAGGAGCGCUGUCUCUGGUACACACUAGUGACUAGCUCACAUAUACCGACGCUCAGAGGUUCAUAAUAGUGAAACUUAUUUAUAUUAAACUUUGACCUCUUGUUUUAAGUA